AUGGAAUAUCCACCAUCACGAUACAGUCAAGAAUUGACUCCUCGAAAAUACAGCCUCCUCCAAACUGAAGAUAACACAGGCACUGCUGCCUCUGAGGAGGUGAGCCUGUUGGCGGAUGGAGCUCGAAGCAUGUGGGCCUUCCUGGCGAGACUUGAGUACAUCCUGUGCCUAUCAGCCUUUUCAGUGAUGGCUCAGCUCCAGCAUGACCUCUCCCCCAGGAUUAACCAAACUCACCUGACCCCUUCUCAGCUAAAGAUCCGCAAAGUGGGUCUGAAAGUUGAGGGCUCAAACUUCACACUCGAAGGCUUUCCAUUCCUGAUCGUAGCAGGCACUAUGCACUAUUUCCGGGUGCCCAGGAGUUACUGGAGGGUCAACUUGCUGAAGUUAAAGGCCUGUGGCUUCAACACCCUCACCACGGCUUUUAUAACCAUGGCUUCAGAGGUGGGGCUCUGGGUCAUUCUGUGUCCAGGCCCCUACAUCGGUAGUGACCUAGACCUUGGAGGCUUGCCCAGCUGGCUACUCAAAGACCCGAAAAUGAAGCUGAGAACAAUGUACAAGGGCUUCACUAAUGCAGUGAAUCGCUACUUUGACAAGCUGAUUUCCAGGAUAGUACCACUCCAGUAUAACCAGGGAGGUCCCAUCAUUGCUGUGCAAGUCGAAAAUGAAUAUGGUUCAUAUUAUCUGGAUAAAAAGUACAUGUCAUACGUUAAAAAGGCCCUGGUGAAAAGAGGGAUCAAGGUGCUGCUCAUGACUGCUGAUAGUGGACUAGAACUGAGAAGAGGCCACGUAAAAGAUGUGCUUGCCACUGUCCACAUGAAGAAUAUCAAGCAAGAAACUUAUCGAGAGCUUUCUUCAAUUCAGGGUCGUAGCCCCAUAAUGAUGAUGGUGUAUACAGCGAGCUCUUUUGACACGUGGGGUGCUCUCCGCAACCGUCUGGAUCCACAAAACUAUGGGGCACUGCUGACAGAAGAUGGAGAAUACACGCCUGAGUAUAUCACAUUCCAGGAGUAUUUUAGCUCUGUUUUAGAAGUUCCCAUGUCCAUCCAACCAGACCAUACGCAGAAGACUGUAUAUAAGUCAGUGACGCUGCUACACUUCGUGUCACUGUGGGAAAUCCUGCCGUACCUGGACACGCCAAUCAAGUCUGCCAAGCCAGUCUCCAUGGAGAUGCUGUCUGUGAACCAGGGGAGUGGUCAGUCCUAUGGGUACACACUGUAUGAGACUUACAUCUCCAAAGGAGGCAUCCUCUCCUCAAGGGGUCAUGUUCGGGAUCGUGCUCAGGGCUACCAGGACUACCACUCCCUGAGGAUCCUGGUGGAGAAUCAAGGCCGACUUGCCUAUGGGAAGGAUAUCAACAGAGAGAGGAAAGGUUUAACUGGGGACAUCUAUCUGGACAAUUCUCCACUAAGAAAAUUUACAAUUUACAGCCUGGACAUGAACAUAAAAUUAAUACAAAGGAUAAUUCCCAAGAUCUGGAAACCAGUCUCAUACCAAGUUCAGGGCCCUGCCUUCUUCCUCGGUUUCCUGAAAGUUGGGGAGCCCAAAGACACCUUCAUAAAACUGGAGGGCUGGACAAAAGGGGUUGUUUUCAUCAAUGGAAAAAACCUAGGACGCUACUGGAAUUUAGGUCCCCAGGAGACCCUUUACCUUCCAGGACCAUGGCUUCAUUCUGGGACAAAUGAGAUCGUCGUGUUUGAGGAAUUGAUAGGUGGCCUACAGAUCCAGUUCAUAAAGAGCCCUUUUCUAGUUGGCAAACCUCUUUCUGAUGUUUACAAGAUAAACCUACCCAAUGUGUACAUUUGCAAUAUUGCUAUGAAAGAGGCUGAGCUGCUUGGUAGCCCGGACCUGCCCCCUGCUGGUCUCCCGCUACGUUAUGACGGAAGAAUUCCAGACUGCGGUUCCUGCACCUGCUGUGUGGACACUCGCUGCUACGCCCACUGA